AUGACGCCCUUCAUGGAGUCGCAGAUCGAGCAAGUCGGUUGCGGCAUCCAGGACUUGCCACUCGAGCUUCUGCUCACCAUAUUUGACUUCGCCGUGGAAGUCACCGUUGACGUGCAGCUCUACGACUUCUUUGACGUUGCGCACAACACCUACCGCGCCCUCCGAGAUGUGUGCCCGCACUGGCGCACGAUCGUCGAAUCCUCCCCUGCAGCUACGUGGUACAACAACGUUCUUCUCAGCAAGCAGGCCGUCAAGUCAUCUCUACACUGGACGGAGAAGUCAGACUGGGUCAGAGACUACCUCGCCCUAUCCGGCGACGCGCCACUCAAUGUCUAUCUGGCCUUCACUGGUGUCACGCUGUACUUGGAGCACGUCUGCGACGAAGCGCACCGCUGGCACACGGCCACUAUCGUAGGCAGCCCUCGCGGUGCGGUCGACUACUUCAACAUGCUCCAGACCACGCCGGCGGCGCUUACGGACCUCGUACUGGUGUUCGAACCUGGCUUCUCGGAUUCUACAUCCAUCCUCGAGCUCCUCCGCUACUGUCCCAGCCUCCAAACGUUGCGACUCGAAGCAAAGGAGGUCAUCACCUUCAGUACUAGGGACACUUGGCUGUGGAUGGUAGAGCCGUCGUGGUACCCGGACGGUGUGACUCUUCCCUGCCUCACGUACCUCUAUAUCGGAGAAUGUAAUUGGCUUAUGGACACUGGUAUCGAGCGCAUUCUGCGACUUCCCGCCCUCAAGACCCUCCGCUGCUGUUCGUUCAGCAUACCUCGGGAAAGAGCCCAAGCUCGCUGCCUCGUCAAUAUCGUCGGGGUUCUCGCGGAGCACGUCAAAGACCUCGACGCCCUGGACUUCGAAUAUGAGUUCGGGGUUAAAUUCUUGUAG